AUGCCCAGCCUGUUGCGGCAUCUGCACGACUUCGCGCGCGAGGUCGACCUUACGGUGGCCGAGUGGAUGGCUGGAGUUGAGAUGAUCAACGAGGCAGGCCGCAUGUCAACCGACAAGCGCAACGAGACGCAGUUGCUCUGCGACAUACUCGGUCUCGAAUCGCUCGUCGACGAGAUCACCUCGAAGCUCCUCCUCCGCGCCGGCGACACCACCACCAACAACACCAACACCACAUCCACCACCACGCCCUCUGCCAUCCUAGGCCCCUUCUACCGCGCCGACGCGCCCAUCCUGCCCAACAACAGCAGCAUCGUCACCGCCCCUCCCACAUCCCCCUGGUACGCCGCCGCCCUCCCACUCCUCGCCCACGUCUCCGGCCGCGUCCUCGACGACCGCCCCCCACACACCCCAAUCCCCAACGCCGUCGUCGACGUCUGGCUCGCGGGGCCGAACGGGCUGUACGAGCAACAAGAUACUAGCGCGCCGGACAUGAACCUGCGCGGGCGGUUCCGCACGUCGGACCCCGACGGCCACUAUUCUCUAUACUGUCUAAGACCGACGGCGUACCCGAUCCCCGACGACGGGCCCGCGGGGAGGCUGCUGGGGCUGUUGGAUAGGCGGGCGUGGAGGCCGGCGCAUAUACAUUUUUUUAUGAAGGCGGAGGGCUAUCGGAGUUUGGUGACGCAAGUUUUUGAUGUGGAGAGUGUAGAGGACGAGGGGGUGGGGAGGGAUGCGGUGUUUGCGGUUAAGGAGGAGCUGGUGGUUAGGUUUCGGGCUAGGGAGGGGGAUGAGCGGGCGCGGUGGGAGUUGGUGUUUGAUGUUUUUUUAAGUGAGCUUUGA